UUCAUCUUCCCCUCUCCCCUCUUCAUUAAUUCGAUAACGUCUCUUGCUAUAUAUAUAAGGCCUCAGUUUUUUCUUCUCACAGGAAAAUUCAGAAUCUAUACAUACAAAUUCCUGUAUUUAUACGUAAAUAUAUAUUAUAAAUCUAUAUAUAUACACGAUAUACCCAUCUGUAUAUAUAUACAGACACAUAUCUGUUCUUUUUAGAGAGAGAAAGAGAGAAGGGAAUGAGAACAAGGCGUGGGAUUUCUUAUCCCAAGGUGAAUAACAUAUGUUGUGAGAAGAGAAGAGAAGGGAAUGAGAACAUGAUACACAGCCGGAAAAGGUUCAAGCCGUCGUCGGGGACACCGGUGGUGACUCUUUCCGGCCAGUGUGAUUUUCUUGAUACGCUUCCAGACGACAUCGUUUUGUUUAUACUUGCAAAGCUUGGUGCCACCGCCGGCUGUCCCUCCGAUUUUGUCAGCGUUUUAUCAACAUGCAAAAGGUUAAACGCGUUAGGUGUUCACUCUCUUGUGUUAUCAAAAGCAUCUCCGAAAGCGUUCGCUUUUAAAUCUGAAAACUGGUCGGAAUCUGCUCACCGGUUUCUUAAACAGUGCUCAGAUGCCGGAAAUGUUGAAGCUUGUUACACACUUGGCAUGAUUCGGUUUUACUGUUUGCAAAAUCGAGGAAGCGGAGCGUCUCUAAUGGCUAAGGCGGCGAUUAAUUCUCACGCUCCGGCGUUAUACGCACUUGCUGUGAUUCAGUUCAACGGUAGCGGAGGUUCAAAAACUGACAAGGACUUACGCGCCGGUGUAGCUCUUUGCGCCCGUGCGGCGUUUCUCGGCCACAUCGACGCGCUCCGGGAACUCGGACAUUGUCUCCAAGAGGGUUACGGCGUACGUCAGAACAUUGUCGAAGGGCCGGCGGUUUUUGGUUCAAGCCAACGCCCGUGA